GUCUCUAACCACCUCUCUCUCUCAGAGCCGCUUCAGUUGGAAUGUAUGGGAGCGGAGCAGCUGACUCCUUAUAAUAGCGCUACAGCAUAGAACAGCGAUACAGCAUAGAACAACGAUACAGCAUACAACAGAGAUACAGCAUACAACAGCAAUACAGCGAUACGGCAUAGAACAACGAUACAGCAUACAACAGCGAUACAGCAUAGAACAGCGAUACAGCAUACAACAGCGAUACAGCAUACAACAGCGAUACAGCAUACAACAGAGAUACAGCGAUACGGCAUAGAACAGUGAUACAGCAUAGAACAGCAAUACAGUAUAGAACAGCGAUACAGCAUAGAACAGCGAUACAGCAUACAACAACGAUACAGCAUAGAACAGCAAUACAGCAUAGAACAGAGACACAGCGAUACGGCAUAGAACAGUGAUACAGCAUAGAACAGCAAUACAGCAUAGAACAGCAAUACAACACAGAACAGUGAUACAGCACGGAACAGUGAUUCAGCCACAGUCACAGCCGGCCAACAGCAACGCAAGAGCACUGACACACUGUACCUUUAAGAGAGAGAGAGAGCGAGAGAGACAGACAGGGAGAGAGAGAGAUGGGGGUAGAGAGCAAGAGCGAGAAGAGAGGUAGAGAGAAAGAGAGAGAAGGAGAACACAUUAAUCUAUCAUGAGCAUUUUUUUCCCCAUUCAUUCUUAGCUGUGCAGAGCAUCACUCCUGCAUACACACACACACACACACACAGACACAGUUAUCCACAAACACGCUAAGCUACGACACUGAAACGUCUUUGGGUCUAAAUGCGAGGAGUGGAGCUGAGACUUGUAAGGAAGUAAGGAAGGAAGGAAGGGAAGAAGAAGAAGAAGAAGAAGAAGAAGAAGAAGAAGAAGAAGAAGAAACUCACAGCAAAGACAAGUGGGUCCAGGUUCACAAUGGGCAAUGCAUCUUCACAAGACCCUGAGCGUCACGGCGCACACAUGAUCUCGACGGAUGACGCUGAGUAUCCGCGGGAGUUCCGGACACUGGGAAACGGGGGGGCGGCGAGGCGCUUCUCCAACGUGGGGCUUGUGCACACAUCCGAGCGACGGCACACGGUCAUCGCAGCGCAGAGCCUUGAGGCGCUCAGCGGCCUGCCCAAGAGAGACGCCUUCCUCGACCACCUGAAGAACAAGUACCCUCCCCACCACUCCCCCCACCACUCCUUGCCCUCCCUCCCACACCAGGGCUCGCCGCAGCACGCACAGCACUCGCCAGCAGGGGGCAUGAGGGGCCAGCAGGACAGGGUGCGAGAGCAGCUUCAGCAGGCCCGCAGCCCCAGGCACUCCCAGAGCACUCAGUCUGGGCUGGCGGACCAGGCCAGUAAGCUCUCCUUUGCCUCAGCUGAAUCCCUGGAGACCAUGUCUGAGGCCGACAUUCCCAUCGGCUUCAACCGAAUGAACCGGCUCCGACAGAGCCUGCCACUCUCCCGAUCCACUAGCCAGACCAAGCUGAGGAGCCCGGGUGUGCUGUUCCUGCAGUUCGGGGAUGAGACGAGGCGCGUGCACAUCACCCAUGAGCUGAGCAGUGCGGACACGCUCCACGCCCUCAUCGUCCACAUGUUUCCGCAGAAGCUGACCACGGGCAUGUUGAAGAGCGCUAACACGGCCAUCCUGAUCAAGGAUGAGGCACGCAACGUCUUCUACGAGCUGGAGGAUGUGCGCGACAUCCAAGACCGCAGUGUCAUCAAGAUCUUCCGCAAGGAGCCACUGUACGCCUCGUACCCGGGCUCGCACCUCGCCAACGGGGACCUGCGGAGAGAAAUGGUGUACACCUCCCGUGACUCCUCCCCAACCCGACGCCUCAACAGCCUCUCCCCCUCCCCUCACCAGGGGAGGGGGGGGGAGGGGAGUGGAAAGGAGGAGGGGAGGGUGGAGGAGGCUCCUCCUCCCCGUCCUCCCCGCCGGGGCGAGGGCGGAGAGGAUGUGACCCCCGCCGUCGUCGUCGUCGUCCGGUGGGAGGAUGCGACCGGGGAGGGUGAGACCGUGGGCGUAGUGGUGGUGACCCCCUCCCCGAGCGCCAUCCUGGAGCGCCGGGACGUGAAACCGGACGAGGAGCUGUCAGGUCGAGGGGUGCUGCUGAAGAGUGAGGGUCUGUAUGCGGACUCCUAUGGGCAAGUGCAUGAGGGCCGGCUCAGCAUCGCCUCCACGCAGUCCCUGGCUGCCAUGGGGGACCCCUUCACCUACCCCAUCUCCAGUGGGCUGUACAGGAGGGGCUCGGUGCGCUCCCUCAGCACCUACUCCGCUGCUGCCCUGCAGGGGGAGCUGGAAGACACGCUGUACAAGCCGGGGGGGCCCCUGUACCCCGAUACUUAUGCCCCCAGUUCUUCCAUCGGGAUUGGGUUCCGUGUACCCCACUCCUCCUCCUCGCCCCAGAAGAUACCGGACGGGGUGCAGCUGAGGGACAGGGGGGACCCCUCCUCCUCCCCCUACUCCGGGUCCCCCAGUCGUGCCUCCCCGGUCCGCCAGUCUUUCAGGAAGGACUCUGCCUCGUCCUCCGUGUUCGUGGAGAGCCCCAAGUCCCGCAGCGGCAGCGCCUCGGAUCCCCUGGUUCUGUCAGGGGGAGGGGGCGUGGAGGCGGGGAGGCGCAGCUCUUCGGGGUAUGGGUCCCCCCUGCCUGCCAACGGGAGUGAGACAAGAGAGAGAAUGGAAGCGAUGGAGAAGCAGAUAGCCAGCCUGACGGGCCUGGUGCAGAGCGUGCUGACCCGAGGCCCGGACAGCGACUCCAAUGAGAAGACGGAUUCCACCAGCGAGGGUUCGGGGACUGGCACUCUCACCCCCUCCUCCUGCAGUGCCAUGGUGAUGCCCACCCCCCCCCCCCCGCCCCCCCCCCGCUCCGCAGCUCCGCCGCAGCCCAACUCAGUCAUGCGCCUGCAGAUGCAGCUGCACCUACAUGGCCUGCAGCAGAAUGCCAGCAACCUGCGAGAUCAGCUCAGCCAUCUGCGAAAGAUGCAGCUCCAGAACCAGGACUCCGUGCGGACCAUGCUGAAGCGCACAGAGACGGAGAUCAGCGUGCGCUUGACAGAUGCCCUGCGCAAGCAGGAGGAUCCACUUCAGAGACAGCGCACCCUGGUGGAGGAGGAGAGACUCAAGUACCUGAACGAGGAGGAGUUGAUUAUACAGCAGCUGCAUGACCUGGAGAAGUCAGUGGAUGAGAUCCAGAAGGACUCCUCAGUGAAUCACAGGCUGGUCACCGUGCAGGAGCUGGAGGAGAAAGCGCUGGUGCUGCGCAAACUGGGCGAGACGUUAACGGAGCUCAAGAGUCAGUUCCCUAGCCUGCAGAGUAAGAUGCGUGUGGUGCUGAGGGUGGAGGUGGAGGCAGUAAAGUUCCUGAAAGAGGAGCCUCAGAGACUGGACGCCCUGCUGAAGCGCUGCAAGAAUGUCACAGACUCACUGACCAACCUGCGAAGGCAGGUUAACGAGGGAAUCUGGAAAAGCCAUGAAGACCUGGCUAAUCAAUCCCCAAAACUCAUGGAAAAUUUUGGCAAGAACUCAGACUUCCACAUUCCCACCAGCCCACCCCUAAACUUCCAUGAGCUGGGAGGAGUGGGGGGGGGGGGCAUGUCGAGUCUCUCCUCCUGGCAAUCCCACAGUGCCUCUGGGCUGGGCUCCCAGAAUUCCCCUGCCCACUCGCAGAGCUCUCAGACAGUACCAGUCAAGAACAGAGUGCUGGAUGAGCUUGGGGGCCGGAGGACAGUGGACAAGUCUGUCUCUGUGGAGGCUGCGGAGAGGGACUGGGAGGAGAAGCGAGCCAGUCUGACCCAGUACAGCACUCAGGAUAUCAACCGGCUGCUGGAGGAGACGCAGGCUGAGCUCAUGAAGGCCAUUCCCGACCUCGACUUUGUUGCCAAGCAACAGAAGCAGUCCGGGGGUCAGGGUAGCCAGGGUGGGCCAGUUACUGCGGUGACUGCGCAAAGCGCCAGCGGCAAUGCCAGCCCCACCCCCGAACACCGGCCUGGCAAACCACAACACCCUGCCCAGAAACUGAACACAAAAACAGAACACAGUGUGCGCAGGGGAUCGGAGGUGCCUCAGCCUCCAAGUCUCCGGGGGGGCGGGGGGGCGGCAUCGAUUCCCUCCUCCCACGGGCUCACUACCACACGCAGUGGCGAUGUCAUCGUCACCAGCAAAAGCAUGAAGAAGGCGGACUCAGAGGAGACAGAGUCGUUGCCGAAGCCCCAGGUGAAGCUGCGGAGGAGCGUGUCCGAGGCGCCCCGGCCAGCCUCCACCCCACCCAUCAUCGCAUCGGGGGUGCGAGACGAGGACGAUGAGGACAGGAUCAUCGCAGAGCUUGAGGUGUUUCAGAGAGCCCCUAAACCCACAAACACCAGCUCCGCCCCCCCCAGCCUGGCUGAUCCUUCACCCCGCCCUAAACCCUGGCCUCUGGGGGCCACCGUAGCGAAAGCAGCACCAGGACGGAAGCGGUUGACCUCUGUAACCCUCAACCCCGGUGGCCCAACUCCUGACUGGGAAGGUCACUCAGAGUUCAUCACGGGGGUCACUGCAUCACAUGAUCAGGAAGUAGACCCCAUUGCUUCCCAGGAAGAGGAAGUUCAUGUCUCUCGUCCUGUCUCAGAUCCUCCUCUCUAUCCGGUCCCCCAGAUUGUGCUUACCCACUGGGUUUCUGCCCCCACCUCGCCGACAGAGAGCAGGGUGUUUGAACUGGAGCGCGAGCUUCCGUGUACGAUAGACCAGUCAGACCAGUUACACCAGCAGCAAGGAGCCUGGAGACCAGUGAACGCAACACAGAAGGGCUGCCCAGAUAGCAAAGCUCAAAGACGAGAGACAACUGCUGCUAGCUUAGAGUCAGAGACACACACAGAGACACACAUGGGAUCAGAGAAGCCAGGUUUGAAUUCGCAAAUCCCCGGGAGUUUGGAAUAUUUGACGAUGCUGGAAAAUAAAUCCUUAGAAACAUUACGAUCAAUGCAGUCUUUUGAAAUUUCACAAACUUACGACAUUUUUGAAAUUUACGAAACUUACAAAACUUUAGACGGAACCCAAGGUUCCCUUGGCCGUACCGAACCCCAUAACAUCUCCCAGGAGUACGGCUUGGAACCCCAGGGAAAAGCUUCGGAAGGGCAAGAAAAGCCGAGGCCUCUCGUUUUGAGAAUCCAGGAGUCGUUCGAGAGGGGAGAAGAGGAGGGGGAGGAGGUGAAGGAGAGCAUCUCUUUCCUGAUCACAGAGACUCGGAUCCAGGCACUCCCUAUGAGCGAGGCAUGGGAAACGGCGAGGGAGCUGGGGGAGGAGGUGCAGACUGUCACUGCAUGGGGCAAGGAGGUGGGGGUACCCCACAGCGAGGAGGGGGGGCAGGGGCUGUCCUUGGGAGCUGGGCACCUCUCUGGGGUGAUGGAGGAGCGGGGAGCGGGGGGAGGGGAGUCUGGGCAGUCUGAGGAGCUCGGGAGCGAAACUGUCUCCAAUUCUGGGGUCGAGAAGGGGUCGGCAAGUUUGGGGGGGUGCAGCCAACUCCGGAAGCCAGUUCCAAAGCCACGAUCUGCUUUGGGGUCACAAACUAGCCAGCCUCGCGAUGACAGCAGCAGCAGUGCACACGCCAGGAUAGGGUUCCCCGAACAGCAGUGGGACGCCCUGAGGCAAGUCAGCGAGUCUAGGUCCGAGACAGCCCAGAGGACCCUGGAGCUGGCUCUCUGCGACCGAGGGGGGGACCCCCAAACGCCCCAGGAUCCAGACUCGGCAGAUGAGCUGGAUCGGGAUCGGAACCAGGACCGGGUUGCGGACGAGGCCCAGUCUGGAGGGAUCACCAGGGACACCUACAGGAAACUGGACAGCUUGGAAGAGACCAUCCGCGAGCUGGAGAACAGCAUCCAGGAGAUCAGUCGACAUCCCUCUGCAGGGUACCUGUUCUCCAGGGAGUUCCUGGGAAAACUGGGGGAUGAGGAGGCCUCAGAUGGAUCAGGAAGCCCAGUGCUGAGCCCAGGGUGUUCAGACCAGCAGGGGAGCAGGAGUGGGAGUGAGGGACUGCCAUUGCCCACCAGGAUUAAACCUCCCCUUCCUCCCAAGCCUGCCGCUCUCCAGGCUGGUGCCCAACAGACCAGUGGGUCCUCCUCCACCACUAGGGGGCACUCAGCAGCCUCCAGACUGAAGCACAUUCAGCAGAGCAGUCCGGAGAAGAGCAAGCAGAGCAGGACCCGAGAGGAGUGCGGGAGACUGCAGGGCCAGCAGCAGUACCCAGAGUGGGUGUCCACUCUCCAUAGGCCACAGGUCAAGGCCCAUGGAUUCAGCAAAGCGUUCUUGGAGCCUCAGCAGCCCUCGUCUGCCAUGUCUGUGAGUUUCUGUGACGGCAGCGCCGUGUUCGCACCCCCAGGACUGCGGCUCCUCCUCUUCUCUCCCCUCCUCCCGUCGCCCCCCCCUCCUCGAGCCAGGCCAGGGCUCUGCUCUCCAGCCUCUCUGCUGAGGCACUGCUCUCCUCCAGCUUCAGACAGCGGCUGGUAAGGGAGCCCCAUGCCUCCUCCACCUCGCUUCCCCUGCCCAAAGGCCAGCCGGCAGCCUCCUCUCCCCCCGCCGCCCUGAAGGGACCCCUCUCCUCCCUCUCCCUCUCUCUCUCCUCGCUUGCACUCAAGUACCCCGCACUCAACAGCUUCAAGGAGAUGGGGGCCAGCAAGGCCCUUCCCAAGACGGUCAGCCACGGAGCCACGCAGUGACACGGCCAUGCGGCAAACACAAGCGAGAGAGGGAAAUACAAACAACCACGGAGCCAUGCAGUGACACGGCCAUGCGGCAAACACAAGCGAGAGAGGGAAAUACAAACAACCACGGAGCCACGCAGUGACACGGCUAAGCAAGGAAACAACCACG